CUGUCAAACAUGGCGCUGUCCUGUUCGCGGCUGUGCAGCCAGCUGUCUUUGACUAGACUGUGGGGUCUCAGGACGAACGGGGUAACACACACCGUGUAUCCCCACUCCGUGUCCUGUCAGGCCAGGUUACCCCUCUGCAGACUCUACUCAACCUCCAAAGUUAAACGCGGUAUCGGCCGACAUGUGGCCAACAAGCUCCAGAAAGCAAACGCCAGAUAUGAAAGUUUCCUUCAGAGGAGGUUUCCUCGCUUUUUCCAGCUUUACCACACCUUUGUGGAGGGUUUCAAGCUUCUGUUCAACGAUGCCAAUGAAGUGAAGAGGAUUAAAGUACAAAUGUACACUGACAGGAUACAGUUCCAGGACCUACCCUACAGAGAUAUGGAGAAACUAAGACAGCUUCGCAGAAACCUGAUCAAGGCCAUCCCGCUGGUGUUGAUAUCCAUUCCUCCCUUUGCCAAUUACCUGGUGUUCGUCUUGAUGUACUUUUUCCCCCGUCAGCUCCUGAUCCCUCAUUUCUGGAAUCCCAAGCAGCAGCUCGAGUUUCGAGGAAUUUACCAUUCACUCCGGGCGCAGCACCACGGGCCGGUGCUCCAAGGACUCCAGCACACGAGCAACCAGGUCAAAGACAGGCAGCUCCAGGGCCGCCUGAAAGACCUGUGUGCCAAAGUGCAAAAUGGAGCAAACCCCCAAGUCUCUGAAAUCCUGGCUGUCCGAAGCCUGUUUUCUGGACCUCCUCUGGGUAUAAAGAGGAUGAGCGUCGAACACAUGAGGCACAUCAGCCCCCUGCUCUUCCUGACCCCUCACCUCCCGGGCUUCCUGAUUGGCCGACGGCUGAACAGCCACGCCCUGGAGCUGCUCCAGCUGGACCGGGCCCUCGGCAGGCUGGGCCCUCACCAGCUGAGCGAGGCCGAGCUCAAACACGCUUGUUAUGUCCGAGGACUCAACGCGGAUCCUCUUGGAGCCUCUCAGUGUCGUGAAUGGUUGUCUCGGUGGCUUCAGGUGUCUUCUUCAUUGAAGGACUCGGAGGUGUCGCUGCUUUUGCACAGUAUUGUACUUCUCUCUGCGAACUACCCACACGGUCCCAGCCGUCACUGACAAGAAGGCGGCCCUGGGUAAGCUGCUCCGCUGACUGUGGCCUCUGUCAUGCACUGGACUGCACAACGUCCCCAAGAGUUGAACACUUUUUGUUUGCAAAGGAAGUAAUAAAAGAAAAUUGUUCUUGGUGAGGUUUUGAGAUUGGAAAAAAAAAAUCAUUUGGAAAAAUGAUGAAUUUAUUGUAUCUUUAUUAGAGAGAUUAUUAUUGCUGCCUUGUGUGUGAUGAGAACCCCGACGAGGGGCUAAAACUGAGGCACCGAACUACAUUGCAUGACGGCAUUGUCUUCUAUACAGCUACAAAGGCGAAGCUGGAAAUCCGGAAAUAGUUCCAUCUCAGUAAGCAAGCAGUAACUACUUUGCGGUGUGUUAAUAAGUUACUUGAGGGAUUGUUCAGGCACAUUCCAUUCAUACAAUUACACAUGGGAGCCUUUACGUGGGACUGUCGAAUAUGUCUGCUUCCAACACGUACUGUUCUCUCUCAUGCUGUUACCUCAGUUUCAGCUCUGCUUUUACGUUUAGUUUAGUUUUUUUUUUACUCUGCUCAGUGCUGGUCAUGCCAAAGUUGCUGGAACCUUGUUAAAAAAAAGUGGUUUUGUGGAAAAGAAAACGUGUCGGAAAGAAAAGGUAGUUGCUGACGUCUGAAGCAGUCGAUUUCUUGAAAACACUAUUUAAGAGGGAACAUCUUAAAAGGAUCAUUAAAAAAAAAAAACAACUUGGUGACAUAUAUAUUAAAGCUUGUUUUCUGUAUUGAGAAACUAAAGUUAUUGUAACUGAAUAUUAUCCUGCACUGCAAUCAAAAGGUGCUGGACAAGAGUUGUGAUGGCACUUUACUUUGUUUACUUGAUGCUUUCUUGCAUGAGAAGCUUAAAAUGACAUGAACUUUACUUUGUAAGUCAACACUUCAGCACAUUUCAUCUACGCCUUUUGUGUCUUGAGUCACAGAACAAAGCGGAACUGGACAUCCUUUUUGUAGAUGACUGGUGUUGUGAAGCGUAAAAUCAGACGUGUCAUUUCCUGACUGUGCCUUUCGUAAGGACUGGCAUGAAGCAGCUCAACUAUUAUUUGCAGAAGUUCUGGUCUUUGAAUCUCUCUCUUUUUUUUUUUUUUUAAAUUGUAUGAAACUACUCAUUAAAGUUUUGAACAUUUGUGCCAACAUACCCUUUGUUAUGGAAUUGUGUCUGAAAUAAAACAUCUUUCAUGGUG